CUGAAAUCCUGCUGUGAAGAGGGAGAUAACCAGGAGAUAACCGAGCACUGCUUCUCUGGAGAGGGAGAUUGCACGGGAACAGGAGGAUGCCAGUGAAGUUUGACGCCUGCUGCAGACGGCGAUAACCACAUGGAAUGGCUGACAGCAUCGGCUGGAGAUGGCAGGAUGUAGCAUCGGCUGGAGAUGACAUCCUGGUGGAGCAGGAAUCAGCGCGUGCAGCAGCCAAGAUCAACCACAAAGCCUCCCCGUGGUCCUGGCGCAUCCUUGGCUGCUGCAGCAUCAUGAUCCUGAUGAGUGCCGCUUUCCUCACCAUAGCCGUUAUCUCGCGGUACAUUGUGCUCUCUCAUGGGCGGAGUCUGGUCGCCGAAGCUGAAGAUCCGCUGGACAGCACCCCGCCGCCCUGGCUCUUCUUGCCCGUCAAGCAGUGUCCGAUUGAGUUGGCUCGGAGCGUCUUCACUGAGGAUGACCUCUAUGCGCUGAGCAACGACCAGGUUGACGCCUUCACUGCCAUUGAGGUGGACGGGAGGUGCCCGCCUCUCAGCAGGGCGUGCGGCUCGUUCGCCGAAUGGCUGGCCGAGGAGAGCGCGCUGCGUGCUGUAGCUGUGAGAAACACGAUAGGUGAGUCACCAGACCAGCAACAAGGCCACUGUGAUAUAUCUCACACGCAUCCUGCUGUGUGUGCCCUGUUUGUUGUGUGUGUGUCGCCCAGCCCACGCGUGGGACCAGUACGCGAUUCACGCGAUGGGCGCCGAUGAGAUCGAUGUGGUGCAUGGGGAGCCAGCCGCCGAGUGGGGCGGCACAUUCGCCGUGCAGCUCAUCGACUCGCUCGACACCCUCUAUCUGGCGGGCUUCCACCAGCAGUUUGAUGAUGCCAUCGAGUGGCUGGUCGACAAUGUCCACUACGACCACCACAUCAACGUCAAUGUGUUUGAGACGACCAUCAGGCAGCUCGGUGGGCUCCUCAGCGCAUACCACCUCUCUGGCUUGCCGAGGCAAGACGACAGGUGGGGCGCCCAGCAUGAGCCCUUCUACGACCGGGAGGAUCUCCUGGACAGCGCUGUGUCGUUGGGCGAGCGACUGAUGAGGGCCUUCCCGUUGCCAUUGCACUUGCAGCCCGACAGGAAUGUCACUGCUGCAACUGUUGCGGGGGAUGUGGAGGGUGGCGUGUGCGUGGGGUGGAGGUGUGAGAGCAUGAUGGCCUGGGAGUUCGAGGAGCUGCUGGCGUCGGAUGUCAACCUGCGCACGGGCGAGACCCAGAACCUGGCACACUUUGCAUCCCUGGCCGGUACGGUGCGGUACCUGUGCCGAUGGGUGGGGGCACGUGGCGUGGCGUGGCGGCGCUCAUUCCUGCCUGCCUGUUGUCUGUCUUUUCUGCAGAGGUGGGCACUCUCCAGCUGGAGCUUAAGAUGCUAAGUGAGUUGACGGGGGACUGCCGCUUCUCUCAAGCAGCCGACGCGACGCUGGACCUGAUCGAGAGGAAGCUCCAGAUCUCCGACCAGGGCCUGGCGCCCAUCCUGUUGGUGCCAUACACUCUCAGCCCACCACGAGCCAACAUGGACCCUCGAUGCCACCCCUUCCUCCCGCCCGAGUACAUGGUCUAUUUCAAUAUGAAGCUCGUGCAGGACCAGGAGGGUGGUGAGGGAGAGGCCACCGUGAGCGAUCCGGUGGUGUACCCGCCGAGGUGUCCGGUCUUCUCUCUGGGGGCCAGAGGGGACUCAUUCUACGAGUACUUGGUCAAGGAGUGGAUUUCGACUGGUGAGGGAGGGCAAGAGUGAAGGGCUUACAGAAAUACGUGCGUAUCGACCCCUUGUGUUCUUUCUGCCCGGCAGGUCGGUCCGACCCCGUCCUCGAGAAGAUGAUAGCAGGUUUCCUGCAGCAGCUGCCGAUCCUGCUGGUCAAGACCACCUACACGCCGCCCCCCCUCCCCUAUAACAUCACGUCGACUCCCCCAGACAGCCCCCUGGUGCAGGGCCUGGCUGAGGGCUCCCUACACUUCCCUGCGAAGGAGAUGGUCUAUGUGCGGGAGGUGAUCGGCGACCAGGGGACGAUCGAGGGGUCCUUCCGGGCAUACUUGGCCGUCAAGCGGUGGAAAGAGGAAAUGGGUUUCGUGGAUAGGGAUGCAGGGGCAUCUCAACACGGAGAGGAGGAGGGCGAGAGUGGUGAGGACGCAGAGGCGGCUGCUCUGGUCAGACAGUUCCACGCCAUCAUGCCCAAGUCACCCAUCGGAGACCCCAAGAUGGACCAUCUCGUGUGCUUCCUUCCCGGGCUCAUCAUGCUGCUUGUCGCCAGUGGCUUCUUCGAGCACCGCAGGAAGAAACCCACGCCGACCUUCACGAAGGAUCAGUACGUGUGGGUGGCGGAGGAGGUCGCCAAGACGUGUGUGCACUCGUACUUCAGAACCGUCACAGGUGGGUGACGUGAUGGGAUCGGCGCACCUGCACAUGGUGGAUGUAUCGAAGAACCUCCCGCCUCGUCUCGUGUGUGUGUGUCUGCAGGUUUGGCUCCCGAGAUCGUGCGGUUCGAUGCCAAGGGCAUGGUGGAUGACCUCGGCGCCAUGCACUCCCUCCUGCGACCCGAGACCAUCGAGUCUCUGUUUUAUCUCAACCGGUUCUCAGCAUGGACGCCCCGCCCACGGCCAAAAGUCACACAGCCGGCCGACCAGGCUGGGAGUGACGAGUCGCCCCAGAGGCGAGCGAUGUCUGUCGAGCGCGAGAGGGAGCUGAGGGAGGCGAUCAAGGGCCUGCGCUACAGGAACUUUGGCUGGCGCAUCUACCGUGCUAUCGAGACGGUCGCCAAGGUGCCCUACGGCUAUGCGUCGGUCGAGAACGUGCAGAGGUGGCCCCCCACCCUGCUCGGCCGCUGCCACACCUUCGUCAGCGCCGAGACCUUCAAGUACCUUUAUCUGCUCUACGCCGAGCCGCCCCUUUCGCGACACCGCCCCCGCCACCCGCACAGAGCAGACGACACGACCGUGCCGUUGGAUCUUGACUCAAUCGUCUUCAACACCGAGGCUCAUCCGCUGCCCAUCUUGCGCAAGGGCGGCAGGUGUGGGCGAGUGGCGAGGGCGAAACACUCUGAGCGGAAGAGGCGACGGCAGAAAAAGCGACAAGAAGAGAUGAGGGCGGUCGACGCGACAGCGAGGAACUGCACUCCUGCCAGUGGGGUGUGUGUAGGCCGUCUCGCCACUGCCAUGUCGCUGAGCGAGAUACCGUCGGCUGCUGCUGGACCCUCGUCGCAUCCCAGGUGUGCUCGCAUGACCUUGUCCUCGGUGUUCGCCCCUGUCUGCCAGGCGCAUGAGAGGAUGUGGCUGUGAGGGCGGGCGGAUGGGUGUGUGUGGAUACGAUACACGUUGAGUCGAGCUGUGCGGGUGGUGUACAGGGUGCAUCUUCCUUUCGCUGUCCAAGCCUGUAUGUUUCGGUCUGUUUCCGUCCCCGCCUGUCUGUGUUGUGUUGGUUUCCCCGUCGAUGUGCAGUGCAGCCAGUCGGUGGUCUGUCUGGUUUGGUUGAGGCAGGCGGUAAGUCUUUGCCGUCUGUGUGCUGUGUGUGUGUUGGUCUCUGGUUUUAUCUUUGUCAUGUCAGUCAGUCAGUCGUCAUCAGUCGCUCUCUCUGUCAGUCAGUCAGUCAGUCGCCUUUAUUGGUGGAUUGGUCGAUGUUAUGUUGCAUGACCGAGUGUCAGUGGCAUACACACAGCACGGACGGACGACGGCAUGGCAUGCAAAUCAUGGAUGGCAUCAUUGCAUGCAGGGUGUCGCUUCGGACACUACACUGUCGGCGCGCAUAAAUCUUCACGUGAACGCUGUGACGAUCCACAAGGGAUGGAUGGAUGGAUG